GACCAAAUGUGACUCGAGCUUGUAACAGUAACGAUGGUAGGCCUGUCUGGGGUGAUGUGAAUUUCUCCAACUGUAGAACUUCUGUUGUCGUCGAACUUGUUGAGAAGGUGAUUGUCAAAUUUGUCAUAAAAACAAUGUUCAAAUUUGAAAGUGCAUUACGCCGAAUUUGAACAUUGAACAACCACAGUCCACACUCUCAAAUGACAGAUAAGGAAAAAUUAUUCCCUAAGAUUCUCCCAUAACGUAUCUGUGAAAAAUUUAAAAUGUUCCUCAAUUUUCUUGCUAAGACAAAUUUUCCUCGGGACUCAGGACCCUACUUUUUUCCAUCUUUAGUUUAAAAUUACAAUGGCUUUACAACAACGACAAAUUGCAUGCAAUUAUAUUACAACUAUCAGAAAUUUAUAUAUGUACAAUUUUUUAAAAUAUUAGAUGUCUAGAAAUUUUUAAAAAUUUAUAAAAGGUUUGCAAAAUUAAUUUAAGUUUCGUGCAGUCCCUGUCACAUCACUCGGGGGAUAAAACUGUUUCUGUGUCGUAGUUUGGUACCAGAAAACGGUAUGUAUUUUAAUCUUCCGUUUCUAUGUCUGAGAUUAUGGUCAUGUUUAUUAUGAUUUAUGUAUUUUGGUGGCAAAUACAUGUAAUGGAAAUAUUUAUAGCGUCAUUUGCUGAUGGAAAUCAGGGAUGAUUGCCAGAUCUGGGGGGGGGGGGUACUUAUUGACCCAUGGUCAUGGUUUGGGGUGCGACCAUUGCCUUAGUCUAUUAAGAUCUGAAAUCUGAAAUCCCGGCAAAGGAUCUGAAAUCCCGGCAAACUUCAAUUCCUCAAAAUAGAAGACUUUUGUUUGAUGUUGAACUGCACCUCCCCGUACACAAAUCCUUUGUCUCAACUUCAUUAAACAUUAUUCAUCGUAACUGCACGUUUCAUCCCAGCUAUCCCUAUUAGACGGUUACUUAAUUGUACGAAAUACAAUGAGAUCAAUCACCGUGACUGUGCACAAAUUAACAUAAACUCAGACAAAAACAUAUAACAAACACUUCUGUUUAGUUUCUAUACCAUCAUAUCUUGAUAGACUAUGCAUUGACCAAGUACAUAAUCAUUUGUGCUACGCAUUGCAGUGUUCUGUAGAAUGGCCGAAAGGGGCAUUAUUGUGGUAAUGGUGACAGGAUAUUGCCUUCACAAUCCCGUUCAGCAUCCCCUCCCUCCCCCCUUACACUCCCGCUUCCUUGCCAAAACUAAGAGGGGGUCCGCAUUCGCACAUUUUGGGGGGGGUGCUUUCCAAUGGCGAAACGAGCGCCGAAGGCGCGAGAUUUCUAGGGUGGUCCGGGGACAUACUACCCCGGAAAAUGUUUAAAAUUUGGAUCUCUGAAAUGGCAUUUCCAGCAUUCUGAGAAAACAUUCUAGAAAAUUUUUAGAUUCUCAAAACAUUUAAAAAUUCAGAAUAUUUAAUAUUGACUAUUCCGCUAUUGUCAACUAGUGAUACGCAACUGAAUUCCUUAACAUAAGUUGGUUAGAAUUAGGAUAAACGUCAUUUUUGCACCCCCCCCAUGCACCCCUGUUGACCAGAGCCUGGGGGGGGGCGCACCCCCCCCCUAAAUCCACCACUGGUUAAUCCAUCCCUGACUUCCAUAACUAUCAAUGCAUUUCUAAUUGACCACCAUUCAUGUGUAGCAUAAUUUCUGCUACACAUGAAUGGUGGUCAAUUAGAACUGCACAAUAUAAAACACUUGAGUGAAACCCACUUUACAGGUCUCUAGACUGGACGAAGGCUUUAAGUCGGAAAAUAUCAGUGAGAUCUUGAAAGAAACAAAGCAAGUUUCAGAGGAUGAACUUUAUGAACAAGAUGUCCGUGACAUUGUGUACGUUUUGGAGAAGACAAAGGAGAAAACGGAAACACAAGAUGAUCGACAGAAUUUUAUUGAUUCAUCAAGUAAUAUAGUGAGUCAGAACAAACGGGAUGUAUGGGUGAACAUACCGGUAAGAGGACAUGCAGAUAUUUUAUUAGUAUGUAGAUGGAUUUUUGUGGAUAGCCCGUGAACGGGCUAGUGCUGUGCAAACUCCGGUUUUUCAUCUCCGGCUCCGGCUCCGGCCGAAUUACAGCUCUGAGCUUCGGCUUCGGCUCCGGCCACAUCAUAAAAUAUUAAAUAAAUGUUUUACGAUCAGAGAACAUUUAUUAAUAUUAUUAUGAAUAACCCUUUUCGCGCUUCCUAAUUAUCAGAUAACAUAAUUCAGGAAACAAAACAGUGAAAACACUUAACCACGCAGAAAAUAUCUAUAUGGAAACCAGCCUCGAAAAAUCUUUGACACGAGGCAUGACGCGAGGCAUGACGCUAACACUCUCAGUCUCCACAGCGCAAUUGUUCGCACGCAAACAAAGUACUCUGUCAUUUUCUAAAGGUUGAUAUUUAUUUGUUUUGUACUUUUUCGUUAUCUACAAGGCAUGAAAUACACAGACUACAGUAUGUAGCCCUAAGUCAGAUGGCUUCAUGAAAGCAUGACGUUUGUAAGUUGCGAUCGUAUUACAGCUUUUCGACGCUGUUCCUGUGGGCUGUGGCAGUUUGAAUCUAUGAUGAAUUCAUUAACAGCAAUUGGCAGUUUGCAGUAACUAACAAUCGUUUGACAUUUGUCUCAUUUCAUAUUGUUUUCUUGUCAUUUUGCCGGAGCUGGGAAAACGUAACUCCGGCUCCGGGCUCCGGCAUACAAAAUUCUGCUCCGGCUCCGGCGUCGGAAAAACCGCCGGAGCUUUGGCAGAACUCCGGCUCCGGCAACUCCGGCGCACAGCACUAGAACGGGCUAAUCACUAUGCCAUAUACGAGGCAUGCAUCCUUGCGUAUUUAUAAGGUUUUCUCUGCAAAAUAUUUUCACAUUAUUGGCUGCUCCAUUGGUAUCAAUUAUUGUUCUCAAAUGAAGUAAUAGUAAUUAUUGUAGGCAUUGUAAGAAAUAUAAUGCUGGAUCUCCUUGUCUAAUUUGGUGAAUUAUUAUUAUAUUAUGUCGUAUUACUAUUGAAGAUUACCAGACUAGCCACCUGUACGCAUUGCGUAGAUGGAUAUAAUAUCCUACAGUACGGACCUCUCCCUCAGUCAAUAAAGGUCCAUUUCCAAUAAGGAAAAUAUUCCGCAGAAAAAAAUUUGUAAAAUGUGAUUGACCAACCCAAAUUUUCUGUCGGAAAAAAAUUUUGAAGUUGAGAAUUUUCAUUUGACAACUUUUAAUUAACAAUGAUAUUUUCGGGAAAUUUUCUGUCCGUGAAAAUUUUUCUUGAGUGGAAAUGGGCUUUAACAUAUACUUAUUUUCCAGUCUAGAAAUGACUUAGCGAAGGAGAUUAUAAGUGGCACAGAUCUGAAUGCGAGGAACUAUAUCUCUCAAACUGCGGAAACAGGAGAAAUUGUCACAUAUAGUACACCCAAUAUUGACGUACGUGGAAUACGGCUGCCAACAGUAAAACCCACCGAACCCGAACUUGAAGAUAUCAGGUUGCUGGACGCAGUUGGAGAGGGCGUGAUUAUCCCUGCUGUUGUAACCAAUAAAUUAAAACAAGCAACUGUAGUGAAGUACAGUUCAAUCAAGGAUAUUUUAUCCGAGGAAGAGUUGAAGGACUCCGUGGAUAAUACCAUAGGAUCGACUGAAUCAUUGACGAUCAGAAGCACUAUUGUAUCUUUCACAUCCGAACCACAAUUUAAUGUGUCCGCGUCUAAUCCUUUUAAGAUUGUAUUACAGAAUAACCAGGUAUGAGUCGAGUACAACAUUGAAUACGAUAAUCACUAUACUAAAAUUGUUUUCAACAUCCUUACUAUGGUUUCGGUAUGGCUUUUUGAAAGUGCUUCAUAUUGAUGUAUUUUUCUUAGACUGGUUAUGUAUGCCCAAGACGUACGUGUGCGUUCAUUGAACCUGAGAUAAACAACAGCAUGUGGGGCAGUGAAGGAUGUACAUUGAAUGAAGCUGAAUCAAAUGAGGAUAAUGUUACCUGUGAUUGUGAUCAUACCACUGCUUUUGCUAUUAUAAUGGAUGUUGCGGGUGUACAGGUAAGAUGGAAAGGGACGUAGCGACCGGAGGGGUGCUGGGAGUGUAACCCCCUCCCAAUUAUAUGUUCAUGAGCACAGAAAAGAAAAUAGACCAGAAGCCUCACUGUACAUCUUUCCCUAACAUUUUCGUGUCCGCGAUUUUCGCCUUGCGGAUCACGAAUUUCGCACGCUAGAUGACGUGUGUGACAGUUGCUGGGAACAUUACGUCAGCGUUCGUCAGCGUCAAUUCCUCAAAUCAACGGUUUUUCUUGAAAUUCGCAAGUCAUGCUCAAAGUGUACGCUGCAUAUUCUGCAAUUAUUGUGCAAAUAUUUUACGCUUUUGUUUUUUACGUUGUGUCUUCCUGUUGCGAUGACCCAUUACUUGGACCUGUGGCAUUUUAAAAACGGUUAAAACAGUAAUCUUUAUUACGUAGUGAUGGCAAUUGAUGGCGUAAUUGGCGUUGCUCGCGUUUGAUGGCGUCGUGAUUACACUUGCUGGCUCGCGCAUGCGCAUAAAAAUCUCGGACAUAAUUUUGGCUGAGUGUGGCUUCUGGUCUAUUUUCUAUUCUGUGUCAUGAGUAAGUUCAGGUAAAAUUCUAGGUGAUUCUUUGUGAUUUUCAGGUAAAUUCUAACAGCAUUGACUGGCAAACGUGGAAGUUGACAGGGAAAGCAAACUAAGACUGCCAAAUUUUAGUUACAUUUCUAAGGGUCUAAAUAUUCAAAAUUUUCUCGGGGAAAAAUACCCCGAAAUAGACUUAGCCCCGUAUUUCAUUGUGGUAAUAUAUUCUAUCGAAAGGAACACCUGAAACCUGAAUGUACUCAUGAAAUACCAACGUAAAAAGUAAUUUAAAAAAUCAUAUAAUUUUGACCCUUACACCCCCCCUCCCCCAACAAUAAAGCCUCCUUAACCGUCGGCUGUUAGCCAAUCAGAACCUCCACGUCGUCUGAUGUACUAGACAGAGGUUUCCCCCUAGAAAAGUUUGAGGAUUUAGACCCUCAGAAAGCCCAGAAAUGCAACUCUUAGCUUGCCUUCCCUUUUAACUUCCACAUUUGCUUGUCAACUCUUAUAAUUUUCCUGAAAAUCAGCUUAAAAUACCUAGAAAUUUACUUGAAAUUACUCAUGAACAAAUAUUGGGAGGGGGUUACAUCCCCUACGGUCGCCAUAUACAGAGCUCAUUGGGUGGGUUAUAUCCUCCAAUUCCUUUGGUUUCAUGCGUCGCAUGUGAACGUGUUAAUUUGCUUAUGCUGCGAAAUUUCUCACUUUUUUAUGAUUACAUUGUAAAGAAAAUUCAAAAUGACCAAAUGAGAUACUUCGCGAAACUAUCGUAGCUUGCUUCGCUCUUCAGAUAUUUAACAAUUUAUGAUAUGCAAAUUAUCGUAACAUUGCUAAAAAAUAUCGAAAUUAUAGAACCGUGAAAUCAUGUGUGUUGUCCACAUCAUAUGCUGUGGAUAGUUUGCGUAUAAAUAUCUCAAGAAAGAAACAAGCUAAACUAGUCGGUUGGCAAAGUACCUCACGAGUUAUUUUGAAUUUUUUUGACAAUGCCAUCACAAAAAAAAGAUGUGCAAUUUCUUUGGGUAAGCACUUCUAAUAUUUCUUUAAAAAGUCAUUAAUUCAUUUGUGUCGGUUUAUAUGUGAUAAAAAAAUCAUGUUAAUAUACAUAGACAUUGGCUUUGAUUUUCUCGACUUAGACAACAUUGAUUUUUAAAUUACUUUGCCAGUGAACUCGUAAGAUGGGUCGGUUUUUAAGCUAUUUAAAACAUUCAAAGUUCCGUGCUUUUUCAGUUAUAAUAUUUUUUAUCUGAUAAAGCAGAGUGUUUUAAAUAGUACAUGGCAUUUUUCCUUACCUUUUCAGCUAACGGAAUCUGAACGCGAGAUAUUGGAAACGAUUUCAACCGUUGGCUGUUCAAUAUCGUUGGUCGGCAUUGUGCUUACAAUUCUAAUGCAUGUUUUGUUCUGGAAACACGUGAAGUCCCCUCGCGCCAAAAUUUUGGUCAAUUUGUGUGUUGCGAUUGGAUUUACCGAUAUCUUUGCCAUACUUGAGGGUGUCGCGAGAGAUAGUCCGGUAAGUUAUUUUUCCUAAAUAAGAGAUAGUCCGGUAAGUUAUAUUUCCUCCGCAAAUAUUUUUCUAUGGGAUGUUACUAGCGUAGUAAUUAGUGCAUGAGCCUUUCGCCUCUGUAACCGCGUGGUUCGAUAUGAGUGCAAUUUGGAUAAAACAUGCUGCACGAGUGAGUUUUUCAAAGAGCAUCAAAAUAGCAUGAGUCCAAAGGACGAGUGCUAUUUGAGGUCUUUGAAAAACUCACAAACCACUGACAAAUUUUCUUGCUUUGUUAUAUCACAUUAAUCAACGCUGACGGCUUGAAAAUUUCACUCAACUAUGUAGUUUUGUUAGUCUGUUCCACUUAAAAAAAAAGAUACAAGCCAUAAUUUCCACCCGAACUAACAUUUUACUCAUGUAGCGCGGCCGCUAUUGUUUGUUUUGUUUUGAAUCAAUCUCUGACCGUUACUUGAACACUGCUUUAUCAAGCUGAUUGGUCCAUAAGCUUCCAUGGGCGUCCAGAAUUCCCACUGGCGCAGAAGCGUGCCGAUUAAUUUUUAACUAAUUAAAUGAAUUAAACAAACUAAACCACUUUUAUAUACGAAAUAGUACGUCGUUUUCGAAAAUAACAUAUAAAGUAUAGACCAGGUUGGGAGUCAAGGGUCUGUCAAGGAUAAAGGACAGCUUUUAUAUUGGCUUUUAUAAUAGUCGGAGAACUUAUUUGCAUAAGAUGCGUUGACAGCCAUUAUGUUUCUUUGUUGUUGAAAUGAUCAGGUUGUUGCAAUAUUGAUGAAAAGAGGAUUGAACAAUGUUGUGAGGCCCACAUUGUUCACAGUUGUCAACAAUAUUGAAAACUAUUGUUACACCCGAUUCAGGCUCAACAAUAUUGUUCAAUAUUGUUGACAAGUGUGAACAAUGUGGCCCGCGCACAACAUUGUUCAAUCCUGUUGAACAUGCAGCAAGCUCAUAUUUUUUACGCGUCAAAUGCUAAGCUAUCACGUGAUUGUAACCCAAGAAUACGUAUGAUAUUUCUAAAUUAUUUUCAACAGAAUUUCUGUAAAGCAGUUGCGGCUCUCCUGCAUUUCUUUGUGUUGUCAGCAUUCGGAUGGAUGUUAUGUGAGGGGAUAUUGCUGUACAUCUUACUGAUCAGAGUAUUUGAUGGCGUGCGUGGCAAACAUUGGAAGAUCUUUUAUUUCAUUGGCUGGGGUAAGAGUUUUCUUUUCGAUCAUGGAGAAGUACCGUAGAACCCCGGUUAGGUCGAACUUAUAGAGAUUAGUACAAGCAUUUUAGGCUACUACCGUACCCCUGGAAGAAGAUUUAGUUUUAGAAGGAGGACAUUAUCCCCACUUUCGUCAAAACCCUACCCACACCCCCGGAAAGGUCUUAUAAUUUUGGCUCUCUCAAAGAACAUUUCCCGCAUUCAGACACCUAUCCAAAGAAAUAGAAAGGAUUCGGUGAAGAGUGUUGAAAAUAUUGAACCCAUCGUCAUCAUACAGUGAAUCUUUGUCAGAUUUUAACAUCGCAACAUUGUAUUCUAGGUGCGAACUGUUAUGUUCAAAAUUUUUUAGAAGAAAGGUUCUUUCGAAAAGUAGUAAUCUUUUCGAACUUGUUGAACCAGCAAAACAUCCCAGCUACAUGCAAUCUACGUGCAUCGAAUAAACUCGUUCCAAUUAACUGUAGGACAAACAAACCGCUUUAAAAAUUCGUUCAUUCCCUCGUCUGUAACGAUGUAUAAGAAACAUUGAGUAACUUAUAAAUUACAUAUAUUUUUAUCUGUAAUAAUGGUAAUAUUUUACUAGAAGUUCUGAACUCUUCCAAUAUUAUUGCAAUUACACUUUUGCAAAUAUACAUAUUGGACCUAUUCCCUAAUGAAUAAAAUUUUGAGACAAAAAGUGUGGACAAGGAUUUUAUCACAUCUUGAAGGAGCAUCACAAAAUUAGUAAUAUUCCGAAGUUUCUUGCGAAAUGUUGUAAAAUGCGGAUAAUAUAGCCCUGCGAAGUUUGCCGUUUUUCAGUCAUUUUGUAUUACGCAUGGAAAAUUGAUACCUUUUUUCAGAAAGCGGUAUCAAUUUCCUGUGCAUAAUACAAAAUGUCUGAAAAACGGCAAAUUUCGCAGGGCUAUAUUAUCCGCAUUUUACAACAUUUUGCAACAACACUUCGGAAUAUUACUAAUUUUGUGAUGCUCUUUCAAGCUGUGAUAAAAUCAUUGUCUACACUUGUCUAAAUCAAAAUUUUGUUCAUUAGGGAAUAGGUCCAUUAACCAACCAUGUAAAUGAUAGGCGUACUUCAACCUUUAUGGUUGCAAAGUUAUGGGGCUUCGGUGGCGAACUGGCUAGCGCACUUGCCUUUCACCUCUAAGGCCGUGGGUUUAAAUCUCAGUGAGAACUUCUCAAUGUGACUCGCACCCAGUCCUCACGUGAAAAGAACAAAGUCAACGCUCUGCCGAAAGUCGUGGGUUUUCUCCGGGUACUCUGUGUUUCCUCCCACAGGGAAAGUUGACAGGGUGUGUUAGGCUCAUAGGUCUGAGGCAGAUCAUUAAUAAGGUAUGGGCUAAUAGCGGCUGCUCAAGCGCCAUUUGUAAGCUCAAAGUCUACCUCGGUCUGCUUCACGUCAGUCCGGUUCUAUCUAUCUAUUCAUAAUGUAACCAGUCACUGAAAAGCCCUGAUAGGGAGUGUGCUGUGAAAUAUCUGUAAUCUAUAUUUUUAAUAAAAUUCAAAUUUUCAGCAAAACUAUAACCGUUUUAAAACAGGUUUUUAAUGGUACGUGCGUUUACGAUUAUGCAACGAUGCACUCGAGAUUUCCAGUUAGUUCUGUAUGAGUGGGAUGCCCAAAGUCCUGAUGAAGAUCUAACAUUGCAUGUUUGCAACUUAUAAUAUACGUACAUCCAUUACAGGCAUCCCUUUAUUGAUUGUUGCUGUAUCGUUCGGAGCGACUCAAGGUGAAGGAUAUGGCACAGAAUCUUCAUGUUGGCUUAGUGUUGAAAAUAAGUUGAUAUGGGCGUUUGUGGGACCUGCUUUCCUCGUCAUAUUGGUAGGUGCUCUCAUCUUCUUGUUUAGAACGAUUGAAAGAGGGAUGUUUGGUGGCACAGUAGUUUGUGCAUGCAUGUAUGUUGUCGUGUGCGAGAAAAUGAAGUAAGACUCAGUGUUCCACUAGAAUUUUGAGUAGGAGGUUUUUUGAAAGAAGUAGGUGGUUAUGCGCUGCUGAAGGUUUCACUUACCAACGGUGGAGAUCCAAGGGCAUCACCUCGCGAAGAUUUUGAAAUUUAGACCUUAUGAUCAGGGCCGUUGCGAGGACUUUGCCUUGGGGGGGGGGGUAAGGAUAUAUUCACCUGAAUUUAUCCAAAUUAACGUUUUUACCUAAUUUCAGUCGCUAAUUAAUAUUUUUUUCCAAAAAUUGUUGGCGAGCGGCGGGGGACUUCGCAAAAAAUUUUCCGGACAUACCAAAAAUUUUCCGAAAAUAUCGUAAUUUUCGCGAACAUACAAAAAAUUUUCCCGGCAUAUCAUAAUUUUUCAGAAAAUACAAAACUUUUUCAGGACAUAUCUUAAUUUUUUCGAAAAUAAAAAAAUUUUCCCACAGAUAUAGUAAUUUUUCCCAAUUCACUUUCUUAUGCCCUGAGAAUUACCUGAAUUUACUCAAAAACCUACUGGAAAUCUACCUGAAUUUUCCUAAAAAUCUACCUGAAAUUGCUCAUUAGGGGGGUGUUGCCCCCCCCCCACACACACACACCCGGUCGCUACGGCCCUGCUUAUGAUUUUGAAAUUUAGACCAUUUUGGGGGAAGAGUUUUGGAGAUUGUCUCGUAUUAUCCAAAUAUUCAAAGACGACUAUAGUGUAAAAUGUAUGUUAUGUAAAAGAAAGAAACAUUUCCGUUGCCAUUUCUGUGGUAACGAGAAAAUAUUUUGGGUUAUAAUCAAAUCCUCCAAUUCGGACCGGAUAAGAUUUCAAGUCCUCACAAUUUGAUCCAAUCCUCGGAUUUGAUCAAAUUUCGCGGACUCGAAAUCUAAUCCAGUCCCCAUAGUCGGAUUUGAAAUAUUACAUCAAAUUAUCUGGGUUCCUUUGUGUAUAAUCUUUGUAUCAUUUUCUAGGCCAAUACUAUCGUGUUUGUGAUGGUCCUGCGUACAAUGAUGAAAUCUCAGAAAGUUAAACUUCAAGACAAUUUUCAUAAAGUGAGAACUGGUGUCAAAGCAUCUGUAAUAAUCUUCCCAAUUCUUGGUUUGACUUGGAUAUUUGGCGUGAUGACUUUCAACAGAGAAACGCUGUUCUUCCGUUAUCUUUUUGCCGUGUUUAAUUCCGCGCAAGGAUUGCUCAUUUUCCUGUUCCAUUGUGUUCUUAACAAACAGGUAAUGGCAGUGAGGACAUAUAGAGCUUGGGCUUCAGUGUAGCAAGUAUUUUACAAUAAGCUGCCGUGGUGUGUGUUUGCUUUAUCUGAAAAUGAUAUCUCAAAUGUGGGGUUCGGUGACUGUGAUAUAAUCUUCAAUUGUCUUUGCCAGUGUAGGUAGUCUCAAUAAAAUACAGUGGAACCCCGCCUUACGGCCACCCCGUUAAUACGGUCACCUCGAUAAUACGGUCACUUUUCUUGUCCCGGCGAAACACUAAUACAUUUUUUAAUAAAGUUACCCGGUUAAUACGGCCACCCCGUUAAUACGGCCAACGGCCAUAUUGUAGAGUCCCGAACUAAAGAAAUCACCCCGUUAAUACGGUCACUCAAAAAAAUUAAUGUGUUUACGGACGGAAAUGCAGUAUAAUUUAAGACACCUUGUGCAGUGAAACACACAAUUCAAGUUGCGUCAUAUUACUAAUUUUUUUUAUUUUUAUUAUCAGUCGCGCAAAGGAAAAGAAAGAAUACAAGGUUCUUUAGCGACGUUGUAUUCCCUAACAUUGUUUCCUUAAAAUUUGUGAAAACUUUAUCUGAACUUUAUAAUGUUUAGUUAUUAAUUGGUAUUAUGGUGGGGUAUGGUGUUAUUGUGAUUUUCGAAUAAACAUAGCUUUAAUGACGUCACAAUUGAAAUUUGAUCUCACCCCGUUAAUACGGCCACCCCGUUAAUACGGCCACCCCGUUAAUACGGCCAUAUUAUUUCGGCCCGUUGGUGACCGUAUUAACGGGGUUCCACUGUAUAGAAAAUAUUCGUUGGUAGGGAUGCAACUACGUGAAAAAUACAAGGAGAAAUUCGACGUUUCGAGCGAAGGCCCGUGUACUGUAAAUAGUAUUCUACCAUAAGUUGUCGUGAUUUGUGUCUAAACUACCCGAACAGAUAUCUCAAACGUGCUGGUAGUAUUGUACAAUAAGAAAAAAGCAUACGAAUAAUAAUGUUAUCUUGUAAACUCGAAAUAUACGCGAGUUACUUAAAGAAAACAAGACACAAAUUAUGGUGGUGAUAUUUGGACUCUAAUUCAGGGUCAUUGUCAAACCAAACUAACUAUUUACAAGCCUGCUCAGAUCUUUACAAGGAGAAUUAGGAAGAUGACGUAAUCAGCUGGAAGGGAAGACAGAGAUGUCCUCAGGGUGUCAACGGGACUUGAAAAUCCUGGAAAGUCAUUGAAUUGGAAAAAAAUUCCAGGAUUGGAAAGUCCUUGAAAAUUAGUAGAAGUCCUUGAAAGUUCUGGAAUUAAUUCCCUUAACUUCUUUUUCAGCUGUGCCAACAUUAGUGAUUUUGAUUAAAAUUACUGAAUAAAGUGAAAAUAUUUACAGCAUGUCCGUGCCAUCUUUAAAGAUUUUCAAAGGGCCUUGAAAGUCCUGGAAAAGUCCUUCAAUUUCACCUUCCCCAAAGGUUGGACACCCUGUGUCCUUUGGUUUCCAUCUAAAUUUAACAAAUAGCGCUCUUUCAAAUCUGAUGGUAAUGUGUUAAAACGUUUUCCUCCUUGGAGCAUAAACGAUUUCCUACCAUUCUAGAAUCUUGUUAUUUUGGGUAUUUAUAUUGUGUUCAUGCAAUCCUUCUAAAAUAGUUUUCAUAUGGUGAAGGAGCGUUCCAUUCAAGGAUGGCUAAUCUAUUACAAGACGAUUGUAUUGAAAUCAAUUUAUUAAUAGUUUUACUUCCAAAAACAACUUUGAGUGCUCGGUCUUGAACUCUGUGAAAUCGAUUUAUCAUAGAGUCGGAGCCAAGUAAUAAUUGUAUGGCGACAAUAAAGGAGAAUUGGUUUUAUCAUAAAUAUAACAUACUACGUUUUAUGUUUUCCAGAUACGAGACAUCGUCCGCAACAGCACAUGGAGAAGAAGCACACUCUCAACCGGCUCUGGAAAAAACUACUUUCGCCAUCCAAAGAGUAAGAAAACAUUGUUUUUAAGUUUUAUGUACUAUUUAAAAAACGAGCAGGAGUGUUUUAUUAGGUUUAAAGCCACGAGCGCGCAGCGCGAGUGGCUUUAGACCUAAUAAAACACGACCUGUGAUUUUUUUAAAUGACUUCAAAAACAUUUGCAUAAUAAGUCAAAUAAAAAUCUUUAUAUAGUUUGCACAACAAUGGUCUUUUGUUAAAUUGUUCUUUAGCUGGUAUAAAGACGUAUGCACGUGACUAAUUUCUUACUCAAGAUUGGAUAAUUGCUUCAUGAAUUAUUAAUGAGUUUUUGAAAUUUCUAUACUCCUUGUUUUCAUUUGUUAAAGAGCAGAUUGCAUGAAUUUUCGGUUAUUGACAUCAUUUGACUGUUUUCAAUGGAGGUGCAUUAAUUUUCAGGAGAGGUGCAAAAUAUCUCAGGGGGUAGUGUGCACCUCCCCCACCUUUCCCCUCCUCGACCAUGCACUUAAACUGACCAAACGACAACGUUCGUUUCCUCAGGUUCCUCGAGUUCCCCUAAGAAAACAGUGAUCGGUUCACGCAUAAACGAAAAGAUGGUUGAAAAGAGUGCAAGACUGCAGUUAGAGAGUAAUGGUUGGAAAUCUGAAAGUGCUGGCCAUGGUGGAAACAACAACCUGAACGUGUCCGUCGCUGAGGAAGCGAGAGAAAACGAGAACAUGAUGUCUCCUCUCCAAGGUUAGUAACAGGAAACGUUUCGUUGCCCAAAAGACAGGGGCGGCGCUGCAAUUUUCUGUUUCGUAAACCGCCAGGUUCACCACUAACAAGCAGUGUCACCACUUUCAGCGUGCGUCACAUUCGGUGAAUAUGAAAUGAGGUAUUCACCAUGCGAAACAUGGUGGAAUGAUUAUUACUUUCGCCUUCAAAUUAAUGUUGUUGACAUCUUGAAAAUCUGAAAAUAUUGUUGACAUCUUGAAGCCUUGAAAAUCUGAAAUCCAUUCACCUAAACAUUUGGCUGGUAGGUCCCGUGUACUGGUACCAUAGAUAUAUUAUAUACACUAGAUAUAAAAUUGAAGCCAAGAAUAUUCCAGCGAUUACAUCAAUUUGAAUAGAUGACGGCCAUGUUGAAGUUUCCCACUCGCUAAUAUACGCUUAAAAAACAACAAUAACUUUCAUCAUUUGAACAGUUUGAAAAUGUAUUUGGAAUAGGUUUAACUUAAUGUUUAAGUUCCUUGUUUAAGAAAUAGGAAACGUACGAGUCUUCUCAUUUCAUGGGAAUAUCCUGAGUCUGCAAUCACGGCUUCAAUUUUUGAAUUGCAGAAUAAUUAGAUGCACUAUCUAGUGUAUAUAAGAUAUCUAUGACUGGCAUAUAUAACUCUGUUCACAUAUAAUUAUAAAUAUAUGUUCAUCUGACACGUAGAAAUUUUUCAUUAACCGAGUAUUCGCAGAUUUUCGGCAACCUUUCCAGUGCUUUUACGCGAAGAACGUCUUUCUCUACUUCAGAUAUCGCCUUGCUGGAUAGCUGUAUCUCAAAUCUAAUCACCUGGCGCCGGGUGCAUGUUUGAAAGCGGGUUACCUAAUCUGGGGUUAACGAAAAACUUCAAAACAAAGUUCCCAACAGCUUGCUCAUAAGUAUAGAUAAUAGUAUGGUUUCGAGUGCAAUUUGAAAAAAGCAUGCACGAGUGAGUUUCCAAAGACUAUCAAAAUUGUACGAGUCCGAAGGACCAGUGCAACUUCAAGUCUUUGAAAAUUUUCAGUCCUUUUUCAACGUCCAUCCAACGUCUGGAAGGUCAUGUCGGGCGUUGAUUCAACGUUGAAUCAACGUCAUUUUGCCCGUUGAGGAGUGUAUGUUUUUCAAAUUGCACGACAAACCAUACUAUUACUUAUUAAUAAUAUACAUCAAAAAAUUAUGCAGUCAAGUGCAUAAGUCACAUUUAGAAAUUAAGAAAUUUGAAAAAUAGAAAAUUAAGAAAUUUGCACUGUGUUUCUCUUUUUGCACUGUAUUUUAUUUUUUGGCACUGUAUUUCGAAGAAAUUGCACGGCUCUUAGCCAAUCAGAAUUGAGAAAUUUUUUCAUGUAUAUUAUUAACUUGGAAAUAUUUUUCCAGAAAACUUGUCAGAAUCAGUAAAACUCUCAUUCUCUGAAGUUUUAAUAUUAGCAGACAUAGAUUUGUACCCAUGCAGGGUUAACACGAAUCGUGCUUUGAACAAUGGUGGAAAUUUCAAACUGCAUGGCAUCAGUAAUGCCAGUGUGAAAUUUCCAUGUACAAACAAGCCAUCAACAUAAUUGAGUUCUAUCUAGCGAGACGCCAAAAUCUUGAAAAUUUACCCAUCAUCCACAAAAACUUUCUUUAAGGCCACAGUUCAUCGAACGAGUUCGUUGGCCGAGACAACGAUGCAGUUGAGGGUGAAGCCUACCACCGUACUCGGAAUGGAGAGUUGGGGAAUUCGUCUUCUACAGACAGACCCUCAAACAAUGAAGAGGCUCACUUGGCUGUUUAAUAACAUUACGGUGCAAGGUUACACACUCUGAAUCUACUUACUUCCAAAGAAAUACUUGCUUUCAUUAAAACUCACAAACGUCUAUGUUACCACAUAUACACAUAAAAAGGCCUCGAGCAUUGCUUCUGAAAAGGCAUAGACUCUAAGUAAACCUAAACUAAACUAAACUAACUUUAUUUAUACUGCAUAGCUUUAUCAGUUCUAAACUGUUCUCCCUAGAGGUCCAGUAAGGAUCAUCUCUUGUUGUUAAACUGAUUGUGUAAAUUGCACGCAUGGACAACAGUAGCAUUUACAGCCUAUGUAAAUUCGUAUAAAAGAGUUUCAAUCAUAUGAAACGUAUGUAACUUUACCGUCAACAAAUCUCCAUUGAGGAACGCCUGUACAAAUCAGCAAUUUCAAACGUCCACCAGUUCUGUCUUUGUGGUUGAGGUGUUGCCCAAUGUUAUACACUUGGAAAAUUUCUGAAAUAUACUCAUGCAAAACAAAAUACCUAUGUCAUAUGGCCCUCCUAUGCAGUGUAAUAUUUUGCGUGGCAAAGUCAUCAAUUAUAAACUAUGAAG